AAAAUAAAGUCAUUUUUAGUAUCUCAAGAUACUGAGCCAUAAUAAUGAAGCCUUCACUGGUGUUGUACUUUAUCAUUUCGGCAUUUCUCAUGUCUACCAUUAAAUGCUUGCAAAAUGAAGAUCAAGACAUAAUUGAAGACAAGGAAAAACUCUUUGAAGACCCUGAUUUUGUUGAGAAUAUUGAUGAAAUUGCAGCAGAAGUAGAGCAGAGCCCCUUGCAGGAUGAAAGCAAUGAAGCUGGAUAUGAUGAAGAGGAUAAUAAUGCAUUAAUUACAGAAGUGACGGAAUUUGACAAAAACUCUACUUGCUUGAAUCAGGACAAUUGCAGGAGGCUGACCACAACAGAGAGAGUUUGCGGCAAAUUUACAAUUCCUAGACGCUGCAAUAAGAGGAUUGCAUAUCGUGUUCAAAGCCCUCGUUUCAUCAAAGUCUCCAAAAGGGUUUGUUCCUACAAUACAUUUUUCUACAAAGGCCGCAAAUGCCGAUCCUCUAAAUAUUACACUAUUACAAAAUUCAAAGUGGCUUAUAGGUCAGUUAUGAAGCAUAAGGUCUACUCAAGCACUUGCUUCUCGACUAAACAGAAAUGCAAGACAAUCACAUUCACUGCCUCGCCAAAUUGGAGGAGCCAGCUUGUAAAGAAUACUCCUCAGUAAAAGAUGAUAAACUCACAAGAAUUGUAGUUGUAGAUCUAGAUUUGAACUUUUUAUCUUAGUUUCGUUUUUGUAUGAGAUUUUGCAGAAAUAGCAUUACAUUAUCUGAUUUCAA